UCUAUCUCUCUCCCUUCUUUUUUAGACUCUGCUUCCUGCAACCCGGCGUCGUCUCUCUCUCUCUCUCUCGUCUCCCUGAGAGAGAGCUCCUUGGCUGCAGGAGAUCCGGAAGAGGGGAGAGGAAGGCUUUGUGGUGGGAGGGAAAGAGCUUUGCUUCUCCAUUACUCAUGGCACUUUCUAGCGGUUUCGCUCCCGCGAUAUCGGGAGCGAACAACGAGAGCGUCUUCCUCUGCAAGUCCAGAGUACCGGCGCAAAUUGUUCCUUCUUCUUCCUACCGCAAGCUCGGAUGCGGAAAAUCAAGCGGGAGGGUGGCAAUUGCCAUUCCCAGAUGUGAGGUCGCGAGGGAGAUUGGGAUUAGCGACUCCAAAGCUUCGAGCAUCUCCGCUCUCGAACAGCUCAAAACUUCCGCUCUAGAUCGCUAUCUGAAGGAGCGGAGCAGCAUAUUGGUCAUAGGGCUCAGCGUUCACACAGCGCCCGUGGAGAUGCGUGAGAAGCUCGCGAUUCCCGAAGCUGAGUGGCCUCGUGCCAUCGAGGAACUCUGCAACUUGUAUCAUAUAGAAGAAGCUGCCGUUCUUAGUACGUGCAAUCGGAUGGAAAUUUAUGUGGUUGCCCUCUCUAUGCACAGAGGAAUUAGAGAAGUCAAGGAAUGGAUGUCGAAGACCAGUGGAAUUCCUACUUCUGAGCUUGGGCAACAUCUGUUUUUGCUUCGCGAUAACGAUGCAACACAGCACCUGUUCCAGGUUGCAGCAGGGCUGGACUCUCUUGUGCUCGGGGAGGGCCAGAUUCUUGCCCAGGUUAGGCAGGUUGUCAGGUCCGGAGAAGGUGUUAAGGGAUUUGGAAGAAACGUUAGUGGACUAUUCAAGAGUGCAAUCACAGCUGGGAAGCGGGUCCGUGCUGAAACCAACAUUGCAGCUGGAGCAGUUUCAGUCAGCUCGGCUGCUGUUGAAUUGGCUCUAAUGAAACUCCCCAAGUCCGAGCUUUCAUCUGCUAGGAUGCUAGUUAUUGGUGCAGGCAAGAUGGGUAAACUAGUUAUCAAACAUCUAGCGUCCAAAGGGUGUAACAAGAUAGUUGUGGUGAACAGAUCGGAGGAAAGGGUGUCCGAAAUACGCGAGGAGAUCAAGGAUGUUGAGAUAAUCUACAAGCCUUUACAGGAGAUGUUAUCCUGUGCUGCUAAUGCAGAUGUGGUGUUUACAAGCACGGCAUCAGAGACACCAUUAUUCUUGAGAGAGCAUGUAGAGGGCCUCCCACCUGUCAAUCCAAAACUGGGUGGCGUCAGAAUGUUUAUUGACAUAUCAGUUCCUAGAAAUGUUGGUGCUUGCGUGUCUGAGCUGGAUACUGUUAGAGUCUACAAUGUAGAUGAUCUCAAGGAAGUAGUGGAAGCCAACAAAGAAGACCGUUAUAGGAAAGCCAUGGAAGCACAGGCUAUCAUUUUGGAUGAAAUGAAGCAGUUUGAGGCAUGGAGAGAUUCCUUAGAGACAGUACCCACCAUAAAAAGGCUAAGAUCUAAAGUUGAAGGAAUUCGACUUGCAGAAUUAGAGAAAUGCUUGUCCAAGAUGAAAGACCUCUCCAAAAAGGAGAGGAAGGCCAUCGAUGAUCUUAGCAGAGGUAUUGUAAACAAGAUUCUCCAUGGGCCAAUGCAAUGCUUGAGAUGUGAUAGCAGUGAUAGCACGACCCUGAGUGAGGCCCUUGAGAAUAUGCAUGCACUUGAACGCAUGUUUGAUCUUCAUACUGAAUCAGCUGUAUUGGAGCAGAAAAUUAAAGCCAAGGUUGAGCAGUCUGAAAAGUGAAAUAUCGUCUGCUACCUGUGAUUUUCUGAUGCUACUACUCUUUGGUAUCUGCAUCUUAUAGAUUAUCGUCUCACAUUUUUCUUGGUUGAAAAUUGAAAUAAGAGGAAACCAUCCUCAGUUUUCUUACUACCGGGAGCAUGUACAUUUGCAAAUUUGUAUACGACUGAGACAAUUUGUUGCCACUUACCAACGAUCUUACCACGAGAAGCAAUUUUCAUGUUCCAGUUGUUGUUCUUUCUUCUGGGCACCAUUCAGGAAUCAGAAGAGAACUACAGGAGUCGAGUUCUGUGAUAGAAGAACUCUUUGAGCUGCUGAGGGAGUUCUAGCUUUCUAUUACUUGUAAGCCUUAAAAAUUUUUCGGUGUAAUUAUCCAUUGUUUGACUAAUUCGCUUCAAAUGGUGCAAUGCAAUGUUUAUCCACCGGCAUGGUUUACUUUUUGUAGCCAUGUGGGUUUUACGCA